UCUCAUGCGUUUCAUGUUUGGGAGGAAAAGGAAAAAACAUGGCAGCCCCCUCGAGUGAAGUUCAGCUUGUUCCAGCAAAAAAACCAACAGUCCGAGGACCACGGCGGGUAGUCAAUCAAAUUCCAGAUGAAAUCCUGCAAGACCUGGAGUUACAGGAGGCAAUCAAAGCCCUGCCGGCAAAUUACAACUUUGAGAUCCCGAAGACAAUUUGGCGAGUGAGACAAGCAAAAGCUACAAGAGUGGCUCUGCAGCUUCCAGAGGGCCUGCAGAUGUUUGCCUGUGUCAUCGCUGACAUCAUUGAAAGGUUCACGGAGGCAGAUACCAUUGUGAUGGGGGACGUGACGUACGGGGCUUGCUGUGUGGAUGACUUCACCGCCCGAGCCCUAGGAGCUGAUUUCAUGGUGCACUAUGGCCACAGUUGUCUCAUCCCCAUAGACUCCACAGCAGGUAUUAAGAUGCUGUAUGUGUUUGUGGAUAUCCAGAUGGACAAUGCACACUUCCUGGACACGGUCAAGUUCAACUUUCCUGCUGGACAAUCUCUGGCACUCGUCAGCACUAUUCAGUUUGUGGCAGCACUACAGGCUGUGAGUGCAGUCCUCAAGCCAGAGUAUGACGUGCUGGUCCCACAGUGUCGACCUCUGUCACCAGGAGAAAUUUUGGGCUGUACCUCCCCUCGCUUGGACCGCAAUGUCAAUGCUAUAAUUUAUCUGGGAGAUGGAAGAUUUCACCUGGAGUCAAUCAUGAUAGCAAAUCCAGACAUCCCUGCCUACAGAUAUGACCCCUACAGUAAAGUGUUCUCCAGGGAGUACUAUGACCACGAGGCCAUGCGUUCCAUAAGGUUUCAGGCUAUUGACAAGGCUCGUUCGGCCCAGAGAUGGGGCCUAAUCAUGGGCACAUUGGGCCGGCAGGGAAGCCCCAAAGUCCUGGAGCACCUGGAGUCAAAGCUGCAGUCACUGGGAAAGUCCUUAACUCGAGUGCUCCUGUCUGAGAUUUUCCCCAGCAAGCUAGCUCUGAUGCCAGAUGUUGACGCGUGGGUCCAGAUCGCUUGUCCACGCCUCUCUAUCGACUGGGGCACCGCCUUCUCCAAACCCCUGCUGUCUCCAUAUGAGGCAGCUGUGGCUCUACAGGAGAUUGGCUGGAAGGAAGUCUACCCCAUGGACUUCUACUCCAAUCAGAGCCUUGGGCCUUGGACGCCCAACCACCCUGAGAACCAACCUGUGCGGGCUUCUCGCAGACAGACCCAGAAACAAUCUUUGGAGCCAGCCCCUCCUGCCAAGCAGUGUGGGCAGAACCAGUGCGCCCCCUGUGGCUGUAAAGGAGAAUAACCCAACACGGCCAGUGCUGUCUUUGACUCGUCCCAUGCCUACCAGUGCCUCUGUUGACGGCUGGAGGGGGGUCAGACCAGAGAAGGAGAGUGGGUGGUGGACAGUCUAUCAGCAAGUGAAGCCAGAGGAGCCCUCUGCCCCUUCUGAAAUAGAUUACCCACCAUAAAUAAUCCCUCCACUUACAACACAGCAGAUCAAACCAAAUUCAAUGCUUGUUCACAUUUUCAGCAUAUAUUCUGAGCUUUGAAUACACGCAGCAGAGUGAAUGGCUCAUGUGUUUUGAGCUCAUGCAUGUUCAUGUGAGUCAGAUUCCAAUGAAGGAGCUGCUAAGAAAGGAAUUCUUUCGGCAAAGGAAAUGUGUGGGCCUUACUCUAAAGCAGACAUGGCCUUUGUGAUUGCUAGAGAGAGACAGCAGGAGAAGACCUUGAGCACAUUGUAUGGAAUUAAAGUAUCUGUUAAUGUGGGUGGCUUUAGUCAAACCCACUCCGCUUGUCCUUGGACAGAGCACUGUAUGUUGUCAGACACCUCAAAUGAGUUUCCUUUCCUGCUGUGUCUCGGAGACAGUCCCCUGUGGAAAUCAAGCGUGAAUGAAGCACUUUAUUUGAUGUACAGGAUGGGGGUACUACUGAAAUGUGGAUAGUAAAAAAUGUGAUGUCAUGACAUAACCUUGUAUCUCUUUCUCACUUUUAUAGUCGAAGUAUGAGACAAUAAAUCAGAAAUGAAACAGUU